AUGGUAAUGGAGUCUCUGUGUCCUCAGGUUCCAUCCAGAAUGAAGGCUCUGGUGGCUUUGCUUUUGCUGGGGUCAUUGGAUGUGGUUUGGUGCUGCAGCCCUGAACCUGGAGCUGCCAAUAUCGCCAGAAGUGGGGUAGCCACGCAGAGUUCUGACUUCUUGAGUCCUUCAAAUGGUAAUGCUACCAAGGCCAUUGAUGGUGUGAGAGACCAGAACUUGUAUCAUGGUUCCUGUAGCCACACAAAUCAAGACUGGGAACCCUGGUGGAGACUGGACCUGAAACAGAAACAGAGCGUGUAUGUUAUUGUGGUCUAUGGCAGGGGAGACGACCGUUUGGAACGUUUGCAGGAUCUCGAGGUGCGAAUUGGUGAUUCUCUGGACAAUAACAACCCGCUGUGCGGUACGAUCACUGACUAUACUAAUCCAACCACAACUUUCUGCUGCAAUGGGAUGGCGGGUCGAUACAUCAGCGCAGUGAUCCCGGGGCGCAGAGAAUACUUGACCCUAUGCGAGAUAGAAGUCUACAAUGGAACCAUGACUGAGAAUGAUGUCUGCUGGUAA